GACAAUGUAGUAUAAUUUUUGCUAUACUUACACCUUUUGAAAAACCAUAAAAUUCUAUAAAAUAUAUCACCAUUAUAUAAAUUGAGAUUAGAAUGAGAAAAUAAAUUCUGUUAAAAUUAUAAAUUGAAAUAUUUGACAAAUAUUGAAAAUAUAUCACAACGAACAAACCUUUUAAGCUCCGGAACUAUCAGAAAAUCUAACCUUAAUUUUCUUCGGAGUUUUCGUGCGGGUUUUGUUACGCAGUUUGAUAUGCGGCUCCUGCUCAGCGACGUUGUUUACAAAUUUAACGCGCGAGAUACGAUUGAUUGUGUUUAUAUUGAUCACUUUUCAUUUAUUAUGUUUUAAAAUGCAACUCAAGCAUUUUAAGAAAACCUUCAUAAUGAACAACGAAUGGUCGAAAACAUGCAAAGCUCUGAAAGGACUUUUAGAUAUCCUAGUCUGCUCCAAGUGCCAAAACAAUUUAUACAAUCCUGAGCAAUUUUUAGGAUGUGGUCAUUUUUCAUGCAUAUCAUGUUUGAAAAAUAACAGUGCUUCAUGCAACGAGUGCCAGUUACCUAAUGAAAACAAAGAUACUAUGAAAGAUAUUCAACGAAUAGCAGAAGCUUGCAGUAUCAUUGCAAACGAAAUUGGGUAUAAGCAUAACAUUGAAAAUUUAGAAACAAGACCUCAAUUACCUCCAGUACAUAACACGGGAAAUAGUACCGAUUCAAGUAUACCAAAGACGAAACAAGAUAAACAAAACAAGCGCAAAGGUGGAACAUAUUCAAUUAACGACCAUUUAAAAAAAACUAAAUGGGACAAACCUGCUACUCCAUUUCGCAUACCAAAGAAUAUUGAUAAAAGGAAUGGAGUUGGAGAAACAAGAUUGCAAGUAGAAUGUAAAAGGGGUAACAUAAAAAAUGUAGAAGAUUUGCUAAAAGCAGGAGCAGAUCCAAAUGUUACCUGUCAUGCAGGUUGGACAGCAUUGCAAGAAACUUCUGAUUUCCAUCACUAUGCGAUAGUCGAAAUUCUUUUAAAAUACAAAGCUGAUAUUAAUAAACCAGGACAUGAAGGUAGGACAGCUUUGCAUGAGGCAGUUAAAAAUCAAGAUGUAAAAAUGGUCCAAUUGCUGUUAAAGCAUGGUGCAAAAAUAAAUAUAAAAGAUGGAAAUAAUAAGACACCAAUAGACUAUUGCGUAUCGGAUGAAAUAAAAUUAUUGUUAGACCCUAAUAACGAAGAGUCUGACAAAACUCUAAGGAUUCCUGAAUUAAUACAAAAUGGUAUAAGUAAUAACAGGCCAAAAAGCAGAAUACAAAAUCGUGUGUGUGAAAAGGAUAUCAUUGAUACAAAUGGAAGUGCUCAUAAAAAUCCCACAAAUCGUAAUGUCACUAGUUCAAGAAGAAUCACACGUCACAGCAUAUGCCAGGACAUUAAUAAAGAAGGUUCCAGAAAGAAAAGUAUUACAGAUUAUUUUCUAAGCAUUGACCAACCUGGUACUUCUAAAGUUAAUAAUUAUGACAGUCUUCCAAGAAAUAGCGAAAAAGUAAUAGAAAAACAAAGUGCAAUAAGCUCAAGCUCUCCACAUAGCAAGCCUUGUGUAGAAGAUCCACAAAAAGAUCUAUUAAAAAAGAGCACAUCCAAAAAUAUACAAAACGAUUCUUGUGAAAUAGCUGUGACAAAGACUUUGGCAAAUGUUAAUGUUGCAAAAAGUCAACUAAAUUUUCCACAGGCACGUACUUCAAAAAUUACAUAUAGUAAUGAUCAAACAAAUCAUAAAAAUGAUUCAAAUGACAAAAAAGGUUUGAAAUCUAAAUUUUGCUCCAAAAACGAUGAUUCUGACAGUGACAUCGAAUUAGUAUUUGAAGCUAAAAAUGACCAAGCAGAAGUCUGCAGUAUUAAAUUGAUAAAGGACGAGGAUCAUUUAAAGAAUGAUACAAUAUACGUGAAAACGAAUGAAAAAGAUUGUAUUAGUUCUCAAGAGAGUAUUGAUGUUGUGAACACCAGUUCUUUUAUAGCUACUGAAGAUGCAAUUAUAGACGUAGAGAACUAAAUAUUUUAUUUUUAAGUUUUUAUAUAAAUUUUAUACGAAAUUUUAUAAUGGAUCAAAUUAAAUUUAAAUGUUACAGUGCAAUCAAUGAAAAUGUAAUUUUAACAAAUAAACGUAUAACGUGCCUUUUCAAAAUAA